AUGGCAAUUCACAGGCUGUACAAUGUCUGUCUAAUGCUAUGCCUGUUCUACGGGAUUCACGGGCAACGCAUGCUCAGCUUGCAAGAUAUUGUUGCGCUGAACAACUUGUUCCAAUCACCCAGUAUAGCUAGAUUUGGGUUGUUGGGUGCACCGCUUCGAGUGGCCACACCAUCAGGGAAAACAGAAAAGCUUUCCGGUUUACCACCGUUACCUGAUGAAGACGGUAAUAGCAGUAAAGAAAAAACCCUGGUCACUAAGGUAGAAGCUAAACUUCCAAAGAAGCCAAAACCACUGCCUGUACCCCCGCUACCCAUUCUUUUUGGACUGCCGAACAUAGAUCAACGACCAGAGCUUCCGCCGCAACAUGAAUCUAAAUACAACGGCCAAUUUGCACCUGAUGGAAGUUUUAUUGGAACUCCAGCCAAAAUUGAAGUUGAGCCAGCAUCAACUUCUUUUGAGGCAGACGAAAAAAGUAGCAAACAAGACACAAAAUUCAAGAAAUCUGGUAUUAUGCAAUUCCUCGAAACAAAAGUACAAGACGAUGCCAACAGUCAAGAAGAAGAAGAACAGUUUAUGCGUAAAACAAGAUCAGAAAGCAAUUUCUUCAAACAGCGCUCUCAAAGAUCUGGCGAUCAAAAGGCAAGUCCAGCCGCUAAGCCAAACGUUUUUGUAGACGACGCCAAAAUAAACGAUGACAUUCACGACGGAGAAUUCACAAAGAGAAAUAACACAAAAAACGAUAGGGAAUUCAGAAAACGAUUUAUGAAGUACGCACGUGUGGAAGACGAUGCUGAUUUGGUGCAAACAAGUGAGGAAGAUGGUGAUGACAAUUUGUCUAGCGAGGAAGACGACUUCAAGAUAAGUGGAAGAACUGACUCGAAGAGACGCUACGGUACAGCUCGGCAACGUAUAGAUACUACGAAAAAUAAAAGAAUCAAAUUGAUUUCCUGUGCUACUGAUGGGCUAAAGGGUAACUGUAGAAAACUAUCCGCUUUGGCUCUCAGAAGUCAAAGCGGUAACGAAAUGGUUGCAAGCCGAAAUGAUGCUUUAAUUAACAGUGAUACAGGCAAGAGAAUUUAUUUGCAGCGACAAAAGCCACCGCCAGUGAAGUCUGGAGUAGCCGCGCGAUUACUUCCGAAGCAGAGAACCAUACCACCAAAAAAAGCAGAUGAAGUGACAGUUAGUCCGAAAAGCGGUAGAGUCAAUCCCCCAAAACAAGUACAACUACGUCCUCCAAAAACCCCGGGACCCUUGAAAACUGUCGUUGAGCAACCAACUGUACUUAAGCAACCAGUAGUUUCCUUGAUUCCACAGUUCCCUCGCGACCCGCAAGACGCAAUGUUUUUGAAGGAAGUCGAGGAUUACGAUCGUCUUUUAGAUGCAGAAGGAAACACUGGACCCGAAAACAAUGGUCCACCACCGCAGUUACAGGUGAUCAUCCCAACUACUACCUUACCACCACUCCAAAAUGUCCCUCAGAAACUUGUACCGUUACCACAGCCGACAGACACUCCCUUGUCACAGCAAAGUUUCCUGAGAUUUCCUGAGUUUGUGACGCCAUCGCCCUUUAUAAUACCCCAUCAAGUACCUCAAUACACACAGCCUCCAAACUUGUUUGGUAAUUUCUUCCCGUUACACCCGUGGCAAUUUUCUCAAGGAGUGCCACAACUUCCUUCUACAGUAAAAGACUCACCUCAACCUUUGAACUACGCAAGUGCAGCUGACGGCACUGCUUUUAGCUCUCAGGUUAUACUAAACAGUGAUCCGUUCUAUCUUGUUGUUUAUUUCAUAGACAGUUAUUUAUUUAUAAAUUAUGCCAGUAAAGUGAAAAGCGCUUAUGGUGAAUAA